AUGUCGAGCACGACUGCCCUCUCUUCGUCUUCCCGCUGGCAUGACCUCGCCCUACACCCAAGCCCCAACAACCGUUUUCUCGUGGACAAUACCGGCGCGCCCUUCUUUUGGCUCGCCGACACCGCCUGGGAGCUUUUCCAUGCUCUUAACUCUAGUGAAGUCGACACCUAUCUUUCCGACCGCGCAUCAAAGGGCUACACCGUUAUCCAGGCUGUCGCAAUCGCGGAAAAUGACGGAUUAGUGGUCCCGAACCGCAAUGGAGAUCUGCCACUGGUAGAUGCGGACCCGACGAGGCCCGUGGAGGCGUAUUUUGACUAUAUAGAUGAGGUGGUGGAUAAGGCGUGGGCGCUAGGGAUGAGAGUUGCGUUGGUGCCAACCUGGGGGAGGUAUGUCAGCGAAGGAUAUCAUGGACCGCCGGUGAUAUUCGAUGAGGAUAAUGCGAAGGUGUUUGGUGAAUAUAUCGGGAAGCGUUAUGCAGGACUACCAAAGAUAUUAGGAGGAGACUCGAAUCGAUACUGGGGCCCCUGGCUCGAGCUGUCCUCCCACGCAAAACCGACCCUCGACCAAGACAUAUCCAUGGUGGCGAUGACCGACACAGGCGCCGUCUGGUCCGCGCUUGCCAACGGAAUCCGCACACACGAAGGCCCCGCCGCCUUCCUAACCUACCACAGCACCGUCACAUGGCUUGCCGGCACGCCCUCCGCCCUCGCAUCCUCCUUCUUCGGCCAUGAGCCCUGGCUCACCAUGGACGCCGUGCAGUCCGGCCACAACAUCGGCCACGACACCUACGUCGUGACCACACCUCCCGCAGGUAGCUGGGUGGCCAUGAAAAACUACGAGCCGGUGGAAAUCAUGUAUUCCCGUGUCCCCGCGCGACCAGUCAUUGAUCUGGAGAACCACUACGAGGACUGGCCGGGGAUCAACGGGCAGCGGUGGAACGCCAGCCUGGUUAGGAACGGUGCUUGGCAUGCGGUGUUUGCGGGGGCAGCGGGACAUGUUUAUGGAUGCCAUCCCAUGUGGCAGUUCUACGACCCAGCACGCAAUGCAAGCUAUCGGGGUGCAAAGCCGACGAGGGACUGGCAGACAGCAUUAAGCUUCGAUGGUGCCGGACAGAUGGGUCAUGUACGAAGGUUCAUUGAGGACCGCAGCACGUAUUUCACCCGGGUUCCAGAUCAGUCAAUCGUUACUUCGUACGACUGGGACAGCGUCGAUCGUGUCAGCGGUACAAGAGACUCUGGUGGGAAGUGGCUGGCCGUGUACAGUCCCAGAGGUGUUCCGUUCAUGGCGGACACGACAAAGCUGGUGGCCUCUGGGAGGUUGGCGGCGAGUUGGUAUGAUCCAAGGAAUGGCACAUAUACUGCUAUUUCAGGUCCUGUAGAACGGCGCAUGAAUGUCACGUUUCGACCACCAAGUACUGGGACUACUGAUAACGACUGGGUGUUGCUUGUUGAGGCAUGA